GCUUCCCGCUGCCCCUGCCCGCCGCCGCCGCCUCUGCUGCUCGCCUUGCUGCUCUUUGCCCUUUGCCCGCGGCCAGGCCUUGGAUUAUACACAGUAAAUACUGUAUAUGGAGAUACCAUUAUUUUGCCUUGCCGUAUAGAGGUUCCUGAUGAUCUUAUGUUUGGAAAAUGGAAAUAUGAAAUUGCAAACAAGGCUCCAGUAUUUAUUGCUUUCAGAUCUGCCACCAAAAAAAGUGUACAGUAUGAUGAUGUACCAGAAUAUAAAGGCCGAUUAACUCUUUUGGAAAAUUAUACUUUAUCAAUAAGUAAUGCAAGAAUUGGUGAUGAAAAGAGAUUUGUAUGCAUGCUGGUAACAGAGGACAAUGUCUUUGAAGAGCCUACAAUAGUCAAAGUCUUCAAACAACCAUCACAACCUACACUUGUAAAUCAAGCAACGAUUUUGGAAACAGAACAGCUAAAAAUGUUGGGGGAAUGUAUUUCAAAAGAAGGUUAUCCGGAGGGAAAUCUUACAUGGUACAAGAAUGCAAUAGUUUUGAAGCCUGUUGAAGGAGCUGUUGUCAUAAAUGAACAAACAAACGUGGAUAAAGCAAGUGGACUCUACACCGUGAUAUCUUCUCUGGAAUAUAUGCCAACAAAGGAAGACAAAAAUGCACUUUUCUCCUGUACCAUGACAUAUUAUGGACCAACAGGACGAGAAACAAUACGGUCAGAAUCAGCAGUCUUCGAUGUUCACUAUCCUACAGAGGAGGUUAGAAUUCAAGUAGUUUCACAAAGAAAUACCAUUAAAGAAGGUGAUAACAUCACCCUGAGAUGUUUGGGAAAUGGUAAUCCUCCACCUGAGGAAUUUUUGUUUUAUAUUCCAGGAGAACUUGAACCUAUAAAGGGUUCAAGUAUUCACAUAUUAUCAGAUGUAAGAAGAAAUGCAUCAGGAGAAUACAGAUGUUCUCUGAUUGAUAAAAGUUUGUCCGAUUCUACUUUAAUUACAAUACAUUAUUUGGAUUUGUCCCUUAUUCCCAGUGGAACAGUUACUAAACAGAUUGGAGAGGCACUACCUGUAUCCUGUACAGUUUCUUCUAGUAGAAAUGCAACUCUGUUUUGGCUAAAGGACAAUACCAGAAUGCGGUCAAGUCCAUCUUUUUCAAAUUUGCACUAUAAGGAUGCAGGAAAUUAUAUCUGUGAGACUACAUUGCAGGAGGUUGAAGGGUUAAAGAAGAGACAAACACUUACACUGAUAGUAGAAGGAAAACCUCAGAUCAAAAUGUCAAAGAGAACCAGCUCAGAUGGAACAUUUAAAACAAUAUCGUGUACUGUGGAAGGUUAUCCCAAGCCAGCAGUACAAUGGACAGCCACUGGCAUUGGAACCCUUACUAAUAAAGCAAAGGAGACUAAAUAUAUCGAUGGAAAAUUUUCAAGUAAAAUCAUGAUUGCUCCUGAAGAUAAUGUGACUUUAACAUGUACUGCAGAAAAUCAGCUGGAAAGAGUCGUAACAUCUAUGAAUGUGUCUGCUAUAAAUAUCCCCGAAUCUGAUGAACCAGAUGAAAGAAAUAAUGAUCAUAGGGAAAAUGUUAAUGACCAGGCAAAACUAAUAGUGGGAAUCGUGGUUGGUCUUCUUCUAGCAGCUCUGGUUGCUGGUGUUGCUUACUGGCUAUACAUGAAGAAAUCAAAGGAUGUCAACGGAGAGUCUGAGAAGGAAGCAGCACAGAACAUUCAAAACCUCCCGAGGACUGCAUCAAAACAUGUAGAUAAAGAUCUUGGAAAUCUAGAGGAAAAUAAAAAGUUAGAAGAAAACAAUCACAAGUCAGAAGCUUGAGACACAGAAUGAGUCAAUCAUCAGUCCAGGAAUAAACUUAGACCAACUGAAGCAUGAACAUGGAUUGUAUUUAAGAUAUAUACAAAGAUGUGACAGCUAUUCAUGGUUCAAGUAUUAAAGACCAUUCUACCAAGUUUUCAAAGAAAUUUACAGUUAUCUCAAGCUUACAAAAAAAAAAGCAAACUAAUUUUGGCAGCAGCCGUGAUAAUAGGUCACAAAGUUGUGUUCUGUUUGAAUAUAUAUUUUUUUUGUAAAUGUCUGCACUGAAAAUUUCUUUUGGUUUGCCUUUAUGUAAAUUUUUUACGUAGCUAUUUUUAUACACUGUAAGGCUUUGUUCUGGGAGUCGCUGGUAAUCUGAUGUAUAGUGUAAUGUUUUUAUUUCUGUUGGUUUUCACACCCUUUAAAGAGGUACAUUUCUAAUUCUGAUUGCUAUCAGUAAAGUUCCUACUUUGCACAGCAAGUAUCUAAUUUAUAAGAUUGCCUUAUGGGAAAAUGAGACACUUCUCUCUCUGUUUUUCAACUACCAUUAAGAAAAAGGGGGAAAUAAAUCCGAUUUUAAAAAACCCCUACAUAGUUUAUAAAAUAAUGAGAAAUUAAUCAACUAUAAUGAACAUGUACAUAAUUUCCAAAAGGAGAGUUGGUUGUUAAGCGAAAUUCAUGUUGUUACGUAUGCAAAUGUCUACUAAUAAGUCUUUUUUUAGACAGGAAAAUCUUUUUAUUGAUAGCAUUCUGAAAAAACUAAUUUUUCUUGCAAUUCCAUAAUAUAUAGUGUGAAUGACUGGAAUUAUGAAUUAGUUCUCAAAUGUUUGGUUAUCCACUGCCUUAAAAAAAUCUUAAUUUCAAAGAAGAAAAUCAGUCAGAAUUGGAUUUUUUUUUAAGUAAUCAUAUCAAAGCUGCAUUUUUCCACAAAAUAGAAUAUAUAUUUUUUGUGUGUGUGUUUUUGUUAACUACACUACAUAUAUGGCACCUUGAGAUAAUUUUAGUGUUUUUAACUGGUACAUAAUUUAUCAAAAAGUACAUGAAAUUGUAACAAUGAAAUUAAAUCUAUGUAUCUUUAGUUACA